AUGUCUUUCCUUGAUCGUUCGCUUUCCUUUGAAACUGGAGAUAUUACGCAUAUUUCAUCUCUCAAAGCUUUUAGAAUAUUCAUUGAACUUUUGAGAGCAAAAGUAAAGCUGAGAAAGGAGGAGGAGGAGAAGAAGAAGAUGCGGGACAAUUUCUGGCUUUCUCUGAAGAGAUCAAUUCACUGCAAACCAAGCCCAUCAGAAGUUCAUGAACCAGAAGCGACCAUCCCAAAAAGAAUUCCUCAGAAGAAUUCAAAUUCAAUGGAUUGUUUCCAAAGAACAAGCAAUAUGCUUUGUGAGAAACCAAACAGUGGCAGCCUAAUCAAAUCCUUAAGGAGCAGUGACAUCCUUAACCCUAUAACCCAUAAGGUUGUCCUUGACAUGUCCCUCAAUGGAUUUCGGAUUUGUCGAUGUUGUCGAAGUCCUUCAAGUAAAGGAGCGAGAGGCCCUCAUGAAUCAGCAAGUCCAACAAUUACACCUUCAAAGAAGACCCAUCAUGUUGAUUGCAAUGAAUGUAACAUAUCCUCCUCAAACUCAAGGGUUUCGAUGCAGACAGAUUCUAAUAAUAAUAAUAAUAAUCUGGUUUGUCUCAAGUGUGGGGAGAAACUAAAAUUUGUUGAUGCUGUUGAAGCACACCAUGUCUCCCAGCAUUCAGUGAUUAAACUUGAUGAAGAAGAUUCAACAAGGCAGAUAAUAGAAACAAUAUGUAGAACAAACUGUACUAAUUCCGAGACCAAGUCAGGGCAGAUUGAAUCUGUGCUCAAGGUUCAGAACAGCCCAAGAACGUUCGCUAGGUUUGAUGAAUACAGGGAAAUGAUAAAGAACGAUGCUGAAAAGUCACACAAGAAGCAACCUCGUUGCCUUGUUGAUGGCAAUGAGCUUCUAAGGUUUCAUGGCACAACCCUCAUAUGUUCACUGGGUACCGAUAAUGGCUCUUCUUCUUCUUCUGGUUUGUGCACUUCAGAACAUUGUUGUGUGUGUCAGAUUCUGAGACAUGGCUCCUUCACCACCAAAGAGUUUCGUGGUUCAUUUGGGGUCCUCACCAAUUCAACCUGUGAUAAGGCCUUUGAAUCCAUAGGGUCACUUGAUUCUGAUGAAUCUGAUAUGGGAUCAUCUCAGAGGAAGUCGGUUAUGGUGUGCAGAGUAAUAGCUGGUAGGGUUUUGUAUAGUUCUGUGGAAGAAAUUGAAGAGGAGAAUUCUGGGUUUGAUUCUUUGGCAGACAAGAGGAAUGGUGACUUAGAGGUUGAAGAGCUUUAUGUGUUGGAUCCUAGAGCUAUACUUCCUUGUUUUGGGGUAAUAUACAAACCCUGA